AUGAAACUGCAGCUUGAAAUGGACUUUGAUUCUGUUCUUCUCGCUCCACCAUCGCCCCGGCUUGAACAUAUUCACCAAUUUUGCCUUCAAUCACCACAUUUCCCUGCACCGCGCCGGCCGGAGCUCCGGCUACGUCUGCCGGAAAAUUACCAUUUUAUUCAAUGUCCUCAACGCGACGAAUUCCAGUCGCCGAGUCGUGCCUCCGAGCUAAAGCGUGGGGAAUGCAGAGAGAAGUUCACGCUUUGGACAGAGUCCUCUAUUGCAAGCCACAUUUUGUCCAACUUUCAAGAGAAAGGCAGCUACAACCACCUCAACAAGUCGUCGCCUCUAAAAAAAGUGUCGAUCAAAAUAACACGUACUAAUGACAAUCACAACGCUAGUGCCCCCAAGGAAACUCGAUCAUUGGAAAACCUUCAAGUUACACAAGAGGAUUAA